GCCUGGCCAUGGAUUGGCCAUCGCUGAGGCCUGAAAAGUGGCUGCAAGGCUCGGACGCCCAGACGGACGGGCAGCCUGGCUGUCAGACAGUGCUCAACGCGGCCAUGGCCCGGCUCCUUCGGGCGUCCUGCCUCCUGUCCCUGCUCCUGGCCGGCUCCGUCCCCUGGAGCCUCGGACAGGAGAAGUCCAAGACUGAGUGUCAUGGCGGCGUGAGCGGCACCAUCUAUGAGUACGGGGCCCUCACCAUUGACGGCGAGGAGUACAUCCCCUUCAAGAAGUACAGUGGCAAAUACAUCCUCUUUGUCAACGUGGCCAGCUACUGAGGCCUGACAGACCAGUACCUUGAACUGAAUGCACUACAGGAGGAGCUUGAGCCCUUCGGCCUGGUGGUUCUGGGCUUCCCCUGCAACCAAUUCGGAAAACAGGAGCCAGGAGAGAACUCCGAGAUCCUCCCCAGCCUCAAGUAUGUCCGGCCAGGCAGAGGCUUCGUUCCUAACUUCCAGCUCUUUGAGAAAGGGGACGUAAAUGGGGAGAAAGAGCAGAAGUUCUACACGUUCCUGAAGAACUCCUGCCCUCCCACCGCCGAGCUCCUGGGCUCGCCCAGCCGUCUCUUCUGGGAACCCAUGAAGAUCCACGACAUCCGCUGGAACUUCGAGAAGUUCUUGGUGGGGCCCGACGGCAAGCCCGUCAUGCGCUGGUACCACCGCACCACGGUGGGCAGCGUCAAGGUGGACAUCCUGGCCCACAUGAGGCGGCAGGCCGCCCUGCUGGCCCCGGGGAAGUAGCCGCCCCCCCGGCCCCUGCCCCUGCCCACCGCCGUCCUCCCGCGCUCCUCACCCGGCCCGCCCGGGAGCGACACCGCGGCUCCUCCCGCUGUCCCCAUGGCAACAGUUCGCGAGCCCUAAACCAGGUCCUCUACCCCGCUGACCUGGACUUCCGCUCGCCCGGCGGCGCCGCCGCAGUGCACAGGCUUCCGGCCUCCGCCUGGGCCUCGCCGCCGCAGCCGCUCCUUCCCGAAGGGCCUCCCACGACCCCGCCCAGGCCGCCAGCUCGAGAGCAGGGCGCGGGGCGUCCGCAUGAGGGAGGGGCCCGAAGCCCGGAGGGCGGGCCCCCCCUGAGCCUGUCCCGGGCCAGCCCUUGUGCAUUCAGGCUGAGCCCCGGCAGGGACGCCGCCCCUGUCUCUGCGGAGGUCGUGCCCUCUGCCCUCCCCUGCCCUGUUCCCCCGUCAACCCGUCUGCCCAGUAAAGGCUUCUCUGCAGCA